UUCCUCCUUUUUUUCAAAUGUAUAUUCCAAACCAGUCGUUGUGUAACUUUAGACUGUGACUCAGCUGACAUGAAUGUUGGAUAAUGAAUUGCCCAUAAAGGUGUACUUCCCAUGACCACGCCUCCUGAAAAAUCUUCUUUGAUAAUCCUGCUGCACACUCUACUGCUGGUCACUCUACUUAAAACUCUACAGAAUGAUGGAACGUAAAGUGGACAUCGUUGAAAGGGCCCAGUGGCGAGCAGCAGAACCUAAACAAACAGAGAGACUGAAAAGCUCAGCGCGAAGAGUUAUAAUCCACCAUACUGCCCUGCCAGGCUGCAAAGGCCUGGAAGAAUGUAAGCAGCAGAUUUUCAGCAUUCAGAGAGGACAUAUGGUGGACAGAGGCUUUGAUGACAUUGGAUACAAUUUUCUCAUCGGACAAGAUGGCAGAGUGUUCGAGGGCAGAGGCUGGGGUGUGGUAGGGGCGCAUUCCAGAGGCAACAAUCAUGACUCAGUGGGGAUUGCUUUCAUGGGCAAUUUCAACAAUGACUCUCCAAGCAAAGACGCAAUACUGUCAGUCAAUCAGCUGCUGCAGUCUGGAGUUUCCCGAGGCUUUUUACACGCAGACUUCUCUCUGUUAGGACACAGAGAUCUGGGAAACACUCAGUGUCCAGGAGAGAAUCUUUAUGCUGCACUGGCACAACUGAGGGGCACUACAUAAAACAUGCUGCAGUUGCUGACGGAGGACUCUCGCCCUCUGGCACUUACACUUCAACAUUUGGUGUAAACGGGGUAUAAAUGGUAAAGCACGGACCUUUCACUGAGAGAAAUGCUUGUAAAGUGUUGUAAAAGGAAGAAGUCCUACAGGUUUCACAACAUGAUCACGGUCUGUUGCUCAUUUCACAGAGGAACCAGUCUCAGAGGAUGAGACUUACAGACAAAAUAUGAAUAACCUUUUAAGCACAGCUCUUAACUUUAUAUGGUGGAAUUAGACAUUUUAUUUAACAAAGACUUACUUGAUAUUAUUGUUCGUGCACUGUAUCAUAAACAUUUCACAUUAAUUAAACCCCAUUUUCUUUCUAUUUUACCUUUUGAAGGUCUUUUGAAAAUAAAAUACCGAUUGUUUCUAA